UGCCAAUCUCGAAUGAAGAAGCAGCAGCAGUGAAUUUUUCGCUCCAAUUUGCAAAAAGUUUGAGAAAACUGUUUUAUAAAACCGAGUGCAAGUCUAAUAAACAAUUUGCUAAAACGCCGUGUGGAUAAUAUUCGUACAGGAUGUGGCCGCAAGCGUUGCAAAUGUCUAGAGACGAGUGUCGAGGGAUAUUGAGAAGACUUGAGCUGGAAUCGUAUUCGCAUGUGAUAAGUGUAUUUCGCGCUCAGGGAGGCCUAAGCGAAAACAAGGCCAAACUUCUUGAGGAGUUGCGUGGCAUAUUUCACAUCUCACAAGAGCGUCAUCGAGCUGAGGCGCGUCGUGUAGCAAGCGAUGAACAAUUAUGUACUAUAGCUGAAGCUAUAUCGGGUCCAAAUACUUGGCAGGAAUGGUCUCGCGAAGGACGCCGCUCGUUUCCCAUGCUGCCCCGUGUAGCGCCACAAACAGCGCUUGCCUUAAUUGCUAAUAAUGUAGCUUCAGAAACAGCGUCAGAAAACGCCAAACUACCAUUUCCUUCUGAUACCGCAGCAGCGUACGCUGCUGAGCAUGCAAAUUUAUUUUCUGGAAGAGAAGACUCGACACCAUGGGAAAUGAAACGAGAAGUUUUCGUCGUCACAGAUGAUCCUUUUAAAAUGCCUGAUAUACCCGUUGGGAGUAAGAAAAAUCUUAAGCGCAACAUAUCUGAUAAUCAAUCUACCGCAAGUAACAAGAAACGCAUUGUUGGUGAUUCUUCACCUAUCAAACAUCAACAACACCAGAAGCAGUUCCACCAUAUAACUGCCAAUAGUGCCCAAGCUACUUCACCAAGCAGUGGUUCUAGUAAUAUACGUAAAUUAUAUCACAAUCAUAAUAACAAAACUACCAAUCAACGUGUUAAUCAACCACAAAUACAAAAACAAAAAUUGGCAACGAAAAAAUCGGUAGCAGCGUUGAAUACAGCCGUGAACACUGUCAUGCCUUUAACGCCUAGUAAACGCCAGGCAACGCCAGCAAAAAGUGGACGCAAACCAAAUUCCAAAAUUCAAGAACAACGGCAGCAACAACAAGCGCUUGCUCAACAACAACAACUGCUUCCACAAACAGCCGUUCGGAAUAUACAACACGUGGUUGGUGAGGGAUCAGAAGACUUUAAUAUGGAACAGAAAUUUGCGCAACCACAAAUUGCUGCUUCGAAAAAGGACAUAACUAAGAAUCUGACAAAAUUGCAAUUGCCAAAUGUGAUUACCACACCAUCAGCGAAUGUUAGCGCACUCUCACCAACACCAAUAAUAUCAGGAAACGCGUUACCCGCACCAUUGACAGUUAAUACUCCAGCUACGCGCAUCGAUGGACAUCAAAUAACAACUGCUUUAUCGCCGCCUAUUGUCGGUGGCAGCGGCGGAUCUACCGGAGUACCGAUUAUUUUACACGGCAAAGUGGAAAAGCAACUGAUUUCCACACCAGUGCAAAAGAUAAUACUUGAAGAUCGUCUUCCGCCUCAUCAACCACAAGGUUUAAUGGCCACAUCAUCAACAACUUCAACGGCAACGGCGGUUGUGGUAUCCUCGGCGCCAACAAUACAGUUACAAUCUACAACAACGCCACAGAUCAUGACAUUGCCACAAAUAUCAGCUGCUGCAACGAAAUUGCGGGCAAUAAAUACAACCAUUUUACCACCAGGCACUAAACUUACUGCAAAAAAAUCUACAUUGAUCACCACUUCUGGUGUUAAUAUAACUGGAAAUGAGAGUAGCACUCUGCCAACUGGUAGCACAAGUGGCGGCGGCGCCAAUCACACACAAGUCUUUAGUAUCAUUGAUAGUAACAACACCGUCGGUAAUGCUCAAGGGUCGCCAGCGCUGCCAACGCAUACGCCACCUGCUAUAAUACAAAUACAAAACACAAACACCAACAGUAUGUCUAAUGAAAGCGUUAUGUCUGCGCCGCAAACGCUACAAUCAGCCCAGCUACCGACUCAAGGUAAAGUUUUGACAACAAAAUUGUUACCAAAGGUGCUGGGAGGCACAAGUAUAUCUGUUGGCAGUGUCACUACUACGCUCAGUGGCAACAGCAGUAGCGGCGGUAAUACUGUCAAUAUUACGAAAAUCGAAACUCUGAAUAAUGGCGCAACGCUUUUAAGUAGCGGCGGUAACAUCGGCAAUAACCCGAACACAUCGUUGGCCGGUACAACUACAGUGCUGAAAAGUGUUGGGUCAACAAUAUUGCUUUCACCAAAUCAGAGUGGCACAGGUAGUGGAGGAGGUGCAUUGUUUUCAACUCUCACCAGCGGUGCUCCGGUAUUCCGUAAAUCACAGAUCUUCAAAACGGGCACAAUUGGCGUGAGCGCAAGUAGUGCAGGAAAGCUUUCCGGUACAUUUAGUACUUCCAACUCUGGUCCUCAAAUUAUUAGUAACAUUAAAUUGACACCUGCGCAUACUACAACAAGUAUAACCUCUGUCACCCAUUCGAAUCAACAACAAUCAUCAACGGCUUCACCAUUCUUGCAACAACAGCUCAAGACUGGCAUUCGUGCCAGUGUAAAAAUAUGCCAAUCAUCAAAUGGCAAAAUGUUCAUUCAGCCAGCCAAUAUGGAUAGCGCCUCCAAAACAAAAUUGCAGAGCACAUUAUCACACAAAAUCUUGCCCAAUGCCGUCGUCAGUAGUAGUUCUACCGGUGCUGGCACAUCGGUGACACAUCAGCCACAACGCAUCGCCAUACAGAAAGUGCAAAUAAUACCAGCGCCACUUCAUUCACCUGGCACAAUAACUGGACCCUUCCAUACGGUCACCACCCAAUCUCAAGCGCAGACUAAGCCAACAAAUACAAUAACAUUAAGUGGCAAUAAAGGUAAUAUGAAUAUGGUUUUCAUGCCUACGGUCGGCGCACGUACCACCUCGGGCACCAUCACAUUAUCGAAAAGUGCUAAUGUUGCCAGCGGCAUUGUUGCUGCUAACAAAGUACAACAUACCGGACAAAAUUCAGAGACAGUUAAACCAAAUGUUGUUAUAAUUGGCUCGUCAGCAUCACAAAGUGGCACGAGUACGACCAUCAAGCCAGCUACUUUUCUGGAUGGCAACAAUAAGUACAGUGUAACGUCAACAGGAAGAUCCACAGGCAAUGCAGUGCACUUGGAAGCCAACCAAAUGAUUACCGAAGACACACCGGUGGAUAUUCUCAAUAUGCCCAUUAUAGUGGACAGUGGUGAUGGUACAAAUAUCACAAUGGGUAAUAACAUUGGUGACACAGUAACGGUGUUGCCAAGUGCGCUCAUUGAAAAAGUAGAACAGCAAGAAGGACAGCAACAACAAGACCAUCAACAGCAACAACCACAACCGUCCACAAUAAUUUUGGGUGCUACCGAUUGGGAAAUGGAAUUGGAUCAAGCUACAGCAGUGGCGGCUGCAACUAAAGCAGCCGCACGCACAGAAUAUCAUCGUCAACCCAGCAGUUUAUCUAGCGGUAAACAACAUAAUAAUUCUCUGGGUGAUAAGCAACAACAACAACAGAUGCAUGCUAAAGCAACAAUUGAUGGCGAAACUAUUAUUAUUGAUGACAGUUUUGAAGAUGUUAUUGUAGAAGAGCAGGAAGAAGGCGAAACAACGGACGCUGGUACCGAGACUGAGGGAACUGUAGACGAUGUUGAAACGGGCGAUGAGACAGGCGGUGAAGAGGGCCAAGAGAUGACGGAGAGAGCAUACACAAUUUUCAGUGGCAGUGAAAGUGGUGAGAUGCAACCAACUAAGCAGCAAGGUACUGCAAAGAUAAGAGUGGGGCGCGUGCAGAAAACAUACAACAACAACAAAACUGCCAUUAAUGAUGAUGAACCCAUUGAAGUGAUUGACGAUGAUGACAACCAUCAGGCAUUUGGUGGAGCUGUUAGUGAGAAAAAACCUAUUAAGAAAGCGGACAGUGAGAGACAAAAAAUGGAUAGAGAAGUAAAUGUAGAAAAUGUGCUCAACGAAAGAGCAAACAACAUGGCGGCGGUGAUGGAAUGUGACACAGAUGCAGGAUUCGAUGAGACUAUCGUUGCUGAUAUUGAUGAAAAUACCGCAAUAGAAUAUAUAGAAGAAGAAAACAAUGUGCGUUCUGGCAACGAUAAAAACGAGCUACACAAUGUGCUUGUCACACCAUCAUCAACUAAUGCAAAAAAACAAAUAAUUGAAAGCGAUGUUAUCGUGUUAGACGAUAAUGACAGUACUGCGCUAGCUGCAACUGCAACACUAGCUACAGCAUCAACAAGUGUUACAUCAGAAGCUUCAGCAGUGGCAAAGGAUUCCGAAACAAUUAAGUUAGUUAGCGUUGCUACGACGAAAUCGAUAAUGGUCGCAGCUGGUAAUAGCAAUGAUCCAACCGGACUGCACUAAAUUUGAGUGCUUUCAAUGGACUGCAUGGGGCGGCAUGAAACAAGUUGUGACAAAGUCUUUCUAUUUUUAUUUUUAUUUUUUCUUGUUCGAUUUUCUUGAGCUGAAAUACAAAGCAAUGGAAAUAUAAAGUAGGGAUAGAGAAUUUCUAGAACGUAGGCUAUAUGGGUGUACAUAAUAAAAGAGUUUGGUGAAGUUAGUUAUUAAAAUGAAUGAUAGUUUAGAAUACAUUUUCAAUGUAAAUUUAUCAAUGGUGCGUAGUGAAGUACGCACGCAAAGAAUAUAAGUGCACAUACAUACAAACAUAAAACAUAACAUUAAAGCUAGGGGGGAGGAAGAAGCAGCAGAAUUAGUUAAAGUUCAUGUAUACAGCCGUAGAUUUGUAGUAGAAAUACAUAAACAAGGAUUUCUUGUUGUAUACUACUACGAAUUACUCAACUAGGUUGGACUAUAGUUUAAACAUAAUUUACAGUUAUUCAAGUUUGUUUUAAAUACACAUUAUUUUAAAUAAAUUAUUCUAUAUAUAUAUACAUAUAUUUUUUUUUUUUGGAAUUUUUUAACGUAAGAGUUCUAGUGUAACUUAAGUGCUCACAUGUUUUUAUGUGCACCCACAAUAUGAAGAUCUAAUACAACUGAAUUCAUACGACUCAUUUUGUACUAGCGUUAAGUAGUACCAGUGGGAAAAUAACUACAACAUACAUACGUGUAUAAAUACCGUAAAUUUCCAAAAAAUUGUUUGUCCAUAAGGUGUAAAUAGUAGUUAGUAAUUUGUAGUUGUACUUCAGCAAACAAACAGAGAAGGUAGUGAAAACAGCAAAAACUCAAACGCGCACACCAAACUGAUCAAAUUUCAAGUGCAAGUGCUGUUCAUACAUAUGUACAUACAUAUGUACGUACGUAUGUAUAUUUUGCAUGUUUUGAAAAUUUUACACACUGCAUACUUCUAGCAGCUUGAAUGAAAUAAAUUCACAAUUUCAUACAACUAAUACAAUUAUACACGUACAUAUAUAAUUUGUUAAUAUUACUAAUAAAAAUCAAAUAAGAAUGUUAUACUUAAAUACUAACGCAUGAACGCGUAUAAUCACUUGAAUAUACAAACAUACAUUAAAUACAUUGAAAAUAAAAAACACAAACAUUUGUUUACAAAUCGUACGUAUGUAGCUCACUCACAGCGAGAUUAAUAGGUUAGUAAUUGAUAUUCAUUUAAUUUCUUUCUUUUAUUUUUUUUUUAAUUAAUGUAUAAAUUACUCGCAAGCAAUUUAUGAUCGACAAUCGAUCGUAGCUCAUAUUUAUCAAAUGUUGAAUAGGCAAGCCAAACGUGUAAACAGACAAGCAACAGAAUAUACACGAUCUUUUGCAAUUGUUUUCUAAAAAAAAAAAUUCGUUUCUUAGAGUUAGCUUAGCAGUUUAAAAUAGAAAAAGUAAAAAAGAAUUCAAAUUUUGGUUGUUAAUAGCCUUUUAUAUAAGCGGUUAUGAAUAUACAACCGAAAGCAGCUACGAAGACGUACUUUACGAUUGAUAUAUAUAUAUAUAUAUAUAAUAAUUUCUUUUUUGUUAUGAUACUCUUUCCUUACAAACAUUUGUAUAGCAGCGCAAGUUGUAAAUACAAAAAAAAAAAAAAAUAAGUCCUUCAUUACUACUACUUAACAUUACUAACAACAUACAUACACACAUAUGUACAUAUUUGUACAUUACCACGUUAUAUUUGUGAAUAAAAUACUUAUAAGCAUUACUCAUUACUUUGGCACCGGAAUUCCUACGAUUUAGGAGGAUAUGCUUGAAUUCUUACAAGUUUUAAAUGUUUCCUUUUAUUUUUUUUUCUACUAAAAUUGCAAAAAUUUUUUUACUCUAAUGUUUCUCUUUUCAUUUCAACAUUACGGCUAGCAGCUAUUAAUUUAAAAGCGCAAAAAACAAAGUUAAAUAACUAAGCUAACGUUUAUAUGUACAGUAAAAUUAUAAAAAAUAAAAAAAGGAAAAUUAUAAAAAAAAUAUGUAAUAAUCAAAAGGAGAAAAAAAACAAG